CGAACCGAGAAAUGCACGAUCGUUAGUUGUGUGGGACACACCGAGACAGCAACUCCUUACGUGCUCCAUAAAUAGACUAUCAUCAACCUAAGAGUAAAUCUUUUUCUUUUUCUUUGUCAAAAUAAUCAUUGCCAAAGAACGCUCAUCGAUCAUUCGCGAUUAUAUCCGAUGACAAUAACAAAGUGAAACGAAUCGACGGAUCUCAGCGAAGCUCGUCGAGCAUGUCAACGGACACCAGUCGCCAGACUUCUCAGAAGGCGAUGCUUGAAACCAGUAGGAGAUCCGCCAUAAGUACGUCCGAGCUAGGGCUCUAUUCUGAUCGCAGUGAUCGGUACAACAGGAAUCGUUACGGCCUGAUCGCAAGGAAAUUUGCGAUUGGAGUUAUGAUAGUGGUAACAGUAAUACUGGUGGCGAUAUUUAUGUACGAUUUUACGUCCGCCACAUCAAACAGUAAAAUCAAUCAGGAAACGAAGCAUAUAUAUAUACUACAGAAUGCUCUGAAAAAGUCACCUAAUCUUAUGAAAAAGUCUGCGAAUUCCACGAGCCUGUCCGAAGCUAUGGCUCGUCAAACGAACGCCCUUUAUAUGCAAGAUCGUUCGGAUGAUGAGAGGUAUGAUGAUUUCAUGCAAAAUGCGACGAGUGAUGUAAUGAUGGACGAGACUAUGGGCGGGCCGGAGAUGAGAGCGCAGAAUCUGCAUAACUUUAAACACCGGAAGAGAGUGCUGAAGUCUGUCGAAGAUACCAGGGAAAACGAGGAAGCCGAGGCCAAACAAUUGUUCGACAAUCAUGCGAUCGUUUAUCGAGUGAGACAAAGAUAUAAACAUCCAGAUUUGGAUGAGGACAUGAACACGGAGGACACUCGACCGAUACCGUUUCACUGGGAAUUCAAGACGCCACAUCCGACAUCAUUCAAACGUCCGAAAUAUCCGCAGUUGACGCAAUACCGAUACCCGCACUCGUCCAGGAACAUACAGGACAUCAUCAAGUACCUGACAAACAACGCCGAGCUACCGAAUCGCGGCAUCAAAUUUACUGGCGUGUAUGUGAAUCCGAAAAAAUACGAUCUGAUGCCUACCAUGAGCGAAAUGAUGUCCAAUAACGAUAAAUCAAGUGAAGAGAUGUCAUCUUAUUCGAUUAAAUCGCAGCACCAUAAUGAUCCAUUUUAUCAGUACAAACCGAAACAUCCGGCAGAUGUUAAUCUCUUAGCCACAUCUAACGUGAGAUUCUCACCGAUCGGAGUACAUCGUUACAGUCCUUACUACGAUUCUUUAUACUCUCGACCCAUGUUCAGUUACAAUAAACCGAUCAUGACGGAACCACAGUACGAAAGUCUCGGUUCUUACGCGUCAAACUCUUUCGCGAAGAGCCGAAAACCAAAGCCGUUUAGUGUGAUGCUCGACAUUUAUCCCAUCACUGAUAUCAUGGAGCAGAAUAAGAAGACAUCGUGGACAAGACCGCAAGAAUCUAUGGACGAUUAUGAUUCUAGGAGACCCCUUCAGUAUAAUCGUGUGCCGAAAUUUCACGUAUCAUCCCCGCAACCGAUUCCUCUCAUAGCUAUACCCAGCCCUACGACUUUAUCGGAGGAAGAAGAAAAGCAGCAGAUGAUAUUUCAUCUGAAUCUGUAUCCUCGAAAGAAGAGUAAGCUCAACAGACACGAGAUCAUUCAUCGAUCGGAAUUGAUGGGAACUCAGGAGCGACAACAAUUCGCGAAGAAAAUAAUGUCUCCUUUAGAAUCGAUUGCCAAACAUUUGACCGAUCAUUCCGCGAUCGAGGAAUCGAAAUUCGAGGAGAAUCAAAACUCAGAAACGACUAGUACGCCGAUCACGCGAUACCACGAAAUAAAUCUAGAUGAUAAGCGUGAAAAGAAUGGAGAUUUUGCGUUAAAUAACGAUUCAGAAAUCUAUUCAGAUCUGGAUAGCGAUGAUACUAUUGUUGGGGAUACUACUGUGUUUUCCAAUCAUAAAUUAAGUCUAGAUGAGGACUAUGCCAGCACGGAGAAAUAUGAAAUAAAUGCACAGAAAAUGAUAAUGAGUACGGAAAAGAAUUUUGCGAAUUGCGAUAAUGAAACGGUGAUUGACAGCUCGAGAGUCAAUGAGGACAAAAGCAUCGAUUUUUCAAAAGAUACCACCAAAGAAUUUUAAUGUUUCACAAUUUUUAUGUUUAAUGCAAUUGUUCUUGUAUCUUGUUUGAUGAAAUAUUUCUGUACUGUAAUUUUUAAUCUUAAUUAUUUUUAUCGAUAUUUAUUUUAAAACAUUGCGUGAACGUUAUAUGUUCUAUAUUAUUAAUUUAGAGAAUAUUUCACAGACGCCAGAAAGGACAAAAAAUUAUAAACUUGUAAUGAAGCUAUUUACAAGCAAGCACUUAUAAGUCAAAAUGAAAAUUUUGACUAGAUUCAAUAAUAAUUCAAUAAAAUUGUGACAGACGUUCAUUAAUUAUAGAAACAAGAAUUCGUCCCUAUUUUAUUGAACAUUACGGAGAAAAAUAUGACGUCAAUGUACUUGUCACGUAACCGGACAAAAAUUUUAAUAUCCUGUUUAUAAUCCGCUCGAAUCUGACCUGCUUCUUUGCCUUGACAUUUUCGUUAAAGGCAUUCCGAGAUCAAAUCUCUAAUAAUUUUUAGCAAGAACGAUUAAGAGAUAUUCGUUGCUUACAGAAGAUUACUUCAUAGAUCUUGCAAUGCUAAACAUAUGAUUUACGUUUAUGAGUACAAAAUUGCCAAAACAACAGAAAAAUUUUAGUCGUAAUACGAAAUAAUUUAAAAAGAUAUUUUGCACGUGAAUUGCAUUAUGGCAAAUCUUCAAGAAGUUUUAAUUGAUUUAACAUAAUUAAUCUGACAUAUAUGUUUAUUUUAAAAG